GUCAAGUUGCUCCCAGAGGUUGAAGGUCGGAAGCUGGAAGUAGAAAACGCGUCUCGGGCGAAACACCGCGGUAUAAGCAUUAGAUUCCGGUGGAAAAAAAAAAAUUGACCGCAUAAUAUUCUGUCAUUUCAAACAACAAUCAUGGAAUUCCUCGGAGGAACGAGACUUACCUGGGUGGAUGUACUGGUGAUUGCACUGUAUUUCGUAUUUGUGCUCGCUGUGGGCCUCUGGUCCUCUCGAUGGAGCAAGAAAGGCAGUGUGUCCGGAUAUUUCCUUGCCUCUCGAAAUAUGGGAUGGAUCCCAGUGGGCACGUCCUUGUUUGCAAGUAACAUCGGAUCAGGGCACUUCAUAGGACUCGCUGGAGCAGGAGCAGCUUCAGGAAUUGCUGCCCAUGGAUAUGAACAAGGGGCCAUAUAUGGACUGGUGCUCCUGGGAUGGUUUUUUGUGCCCGUGUACCUCGCCUCCGAAGUUUAUACAAUGCCUGAGUACCUCAGAUUUCGAUUUGGUGGCCAAAGGAUCAGAGUCUACUUGUCCUGCUUAUCCCUUGCACUCUCAAUAUUUACUAAAAUUGCUGCUGACCUGUAUGCAGGUGCACUAUUCAUCCAACUUUCACUAAAUAAGAACUCAGGCCUGUGGCUGUACAUAUGUGUACUAUUUUUGUUAGUUGUUGCUGCUAUUUUCACUAUUGUUGGGGGCCUCACAACAGUUGUUUACACAGAUCUUGUUCAGACUGUCCUUAUGGUUUGUGGAUCUCUGAUUCUGAUGAUCAUUUCCUUCAAUGCUGUGGGGGGCUACAGUGGACUGGUGGAGAAGUACCCAUAUGCUGUGGCUUCCAUCAGGGGCAAAGAUGCCCUCAACAGAAGUUGUGGGCAACCCCCAGAAGAUUUCAUGAGUCUGUUGAGGACGACUGACUCCACGAAGAGUGAAUAUCCUUGGACUGGCAUGACUUUUGGACUGGCAAUCAUACAAGUUUGGUAUUGGUGUACUGAACAGGUGAUUGUUCAACGAACCUUGGCAAGCAGAAGUGUUUUGCAUGCCAAGGGAGGAACAAUUUUGGCAGCCUAUUUGAAGUUCCUGCCUUUGUGGGUGAUGGUGUUUCCUGGCAUGGCAGCCCGGAUAUUGUUUACUGACCGUGUUGCCUGUGCUGACCCUGAGCAGUGUCUGGCCAUUUGUGGCAGUCCCAAAGGAUGCACAAACUCUGCUUAUGCUGAACUGGUGCUAAAUCUCCUGCCUGUCGGGUUCAGAGGCCUAAUGGUGGCUGUAAUGAUGGCUGCCCUCAUGUCUUCCCUAACAUCAGUUUUCAAUUCAGCCUCUACAAUUUUCACAAUUGACCUCUGGACAUUAUUGAGGAAGAAGAUUUGCCUGAAUAAGUUUGGGAAUUCAAAGCCAACAGAAAAAGAACUAAUCAUUGUUGGACGUCUCUUCGUUAUUUUGAUGGUCAUUGCCUCUGUUCUCUGGAUUCCCAUAAUACAGAACACUGGAAAGUCACAGCUCUUCGAUUACAUCAACAUGGUGAUAUCAUUCUUGGCUUCCCCAAUCUGUGCUAUUUAUGUUAUUGGUCUUGCUUUCAAAAGAAUUAAUGAAAAGGGAGCGUUUUGGGGACUUAUGGUUGGCUUACUUAUGGGAAUCGUCAGAUUUGUUGCUGAAUUUGCAUAUGACGUCCCAGCUUGUGGAUCAGGUGAUCCUGAUCCUAGACCAGAAUUAGUGAAGAAUGUAAUUGGUGGUGUGCAUUACCUGCAUUUUUGUUUUUUGUGCUGGAUUGUUACUGCUGUUACGGCCUUCUGUGUUUCCAUCAUGACAGAACCUAUCCCAGAUGAAUGUCUGUAUCGUCUGACUUUUUAUAGUCGCUAUGAUCCUAGAGUAAGACGUCCAAUUGGGAAGAGUUUAGGAUCAAAUAUGACAGAAAACAUAGAGCACAGUUCUACAAAUGAAGGAUCAUCUACAGAUACAAGUAUCGUAGUUGCCAUUGUUAGUACUGGAACUAGUAGUGUAGAUAAAUUUAAAACGACAGAAGAACAGCAAGCAGCUGCUGCCGCACAUUUCCUGAGGGAACCUCCAUUCUGGAAGAAGGUGAUUAACAUCAAUUGUAUCAUCUGUCUUACUUUGAGUACUUUUGUGUACGGUUUCUAUGCAUAGUUUUUGAAGCACAUUAAAAAAAUCUGUGGUGAAAGGAAGUUACUCAAUACUGUUUUGUUCAACUUAUACCAAUGGACAAGAGGAAACCUGAGAUUCUUUUCUUAAUGCUACAGAGGCAUUACACUGUACAGUGAACUUCAGAAAAGGAACAUCCAAAAUCUCUUUAUGCACACAACUGUGGAAAUGAAGUGCUUCUAUCAGUCAGGGUUAACUGUCAUAUGUCUUGCAAAGUUGCUCUUAAAAUGGAAUUAAUUGUAACGGGCUGACCUUGAAAGGAAUCUACAUAACAAACCCCAAUGAGAAUAAAGGAAGAACAGUUUAAACCCACACUAGUCAUGUCAAUAAACAGUUCGAUAGUGCCAUGAAUAAAGGGGUUAAUUGAUACAGUUAGUGAUGCAGGUUAAAAGAAAUGGUUCAGGUUUCCUACAACCAAUGAAAAUUCUUGAAUUCAUUCAUAAGCAUCGCAUUUAUUUUUCUGUAAUAUACCAUCUAAAAUGACAGAGGGACCAUAUUUUCAGUGAGAUCUUUGUGCUCAUACCAAACAACUAUACAUAGAGAUGAACUGAUACUAGCAACUUUAGCUUCUGCGUGGAUAUUCUUCAGUGUGCUAUGUCUAUGAUGCUUGCAACUGUGAAUGUCCAAAAUACUCAUUCAUGUUCUUCAUUGAUCUGGAAAAUUUGAUCUGUGACUUGUCUGUAGAAUGACAGAGUAGCCAACUUACAGACAACAUGAACAGCAUGGCACAUGUCUGAACUUCCAGUUUACCAUUCUUUCACAGAUUACAUAAGAAAGAACUAUAUGGAAUCUUAAACACCUGGAAAUAGAAAUCAGGGAGGAGGCUAUGCCUGUUUCCUUUACUUCAGAUUCUGAAUCAAACAGGAUGGCAGCUGUUUGGGUGUCUCUAGGCCUACUGGGUUCCCCCUCCUUGGAUGGCCUUUACUCGCAUUUUUUCUCUCGUGUACUGCCUCCUACAUACAUGUGUUCGGGACCAUGGAAGAGUUGCGGGUGAAAAGAGAUUCGCUUGCUCGCUGGUUUCUCUACAUGGCUGUUCUCUCCCUUACACAUAAGUGUUUGUGAUCAUAGAAGUGUUAGCCCCGUUAUCUCAACAAUCUCCAUCUCCUGUACCUGUACCUGUUCCUGUCUAUUGUCAAGGUGAUAAGGCUUCGAUUAAGAAGGUAGCCUGCUACAACAGUCUCUCCUACAUCUUCCAAAGAUUCUUAUCUCUGCAAUGCAAUGUGGUCUGUGGACAUGUUUCUCGUUUGCCUCCCAAAGACCAGGACCUUAGGAAUCAGUCUCUGUCAGAAAGUUUUUCCUCAGUGCUGUUUGAUAAAUUACCUUAAAAUUAAGGAUAAAAUCUGUUUCCCCUGCAUCUUAUGCAUUAACAUUAUUGACAUUAAAAUGCCUGAGAUUUCAUGACAAUGUCUUCUAUAAUUUAGUACAAGAAGUUAAUAACCAAAUACAUUUUAACAGCACCUAUAAAACAGGAAGUUGGGGAAAAGGCCUUGCACUUAAUGAACAUGGAGAAAAUUUUAUCCACAAAAAGUGCUUCUCAACUUUUCUUUGGUCACAUUCCUUCGUUUCAACUACAUUGUUAAGAUGAUGUGCACUUCAAAUAACAGUGGAGAACAAAAUUCUUGGAAUGACAAAACAGUGCAAUAAAGAACACUGGAAAUUACUUAAUUGGUGGUAGUGUUGGCUAGAGCAGUUUGUAAUUCAAAGGAUAAUAAUACAUAAUCAGCAGUAUCACGGGGUUUCUUUUUUUUCCUAUUUUUAUGUAAACUCAAGAUUUUUAA